GCAACCCAAGUCUCUCUCUCGGAGAGAAAAGAAACUGAACAACGCGACCACCGUCCUGACCAGUGACCAGUGUCUAGUUUUCCCCUCCUCCGCCAUUUCCCGCCGAAACCCCAAUCGCCGCCCAAAUGCGGCCGCCGGCGCCGCACGAGGAGUUCGACGCCGCCGACGGCGAGGCAGACACGCGCGCAGAUGACGUGCGUAAGCUCGCCGAGUUCCUCUGCAGUUUCCAUUCCGGCGACCUCCGCCGCAUCCUCGUCCACCCCGAGUCCACGCUCCACUUCCCCCUCGUCAUCGACUUCGCGGAGCUCCUGGACUUCGACCCGGGCCUGGCCAACGAACUCUACAACAACCCCAAGGGCCUCCUCCCCUACUUCGACAAGGCCGCUCAGCUCGCCCAGGAGAGCGAGGUGUUGUGCAUCCUCCGAAAGGGCGAGGCGCUGGGUAGUCCGGACGAGUCGAGGCCCGCUGCCGUGCAGAAGAAGUUCGUGCACGUGCGCGUCAACGUCUGCGGGUCGCCACUGGAAUUCCCUGAGUCGUCGCCGAGCAUCGGGAAGGUUAGGGUGAAGCAUAGGAGGAUUCUGCUGACUCUGAAGGGGACUGUGAUCAGAUCAGGCGGUGUGAAGAUGAUCGAGGGCGAGCGGAUGUAUCAAUGCAGGAAAUGCAACCACAGGUUCCCCUGCCAUCCCGAGCUAGAGGCUGGGAAUCGUAUAACUCUACCUGCAUCUUGCCCAUCCACGAGUUCAAAAGGUUGUCAAAGUGCUUCUUUCCAAUUGAUGGGAGAUAGCAUAACCUGUCAUGAUUAUCAAGAAAUAAAAAUCCAAGAAAGCGUGCAACUUCUGGAUGUUGGGUCUAUACCCCGUUCCAUGCCUGUGAUUUUGAUGGAUGACCUUGUUGAUCUUGUUAAAGCUGGAGAUGACGUCAUUGUUACGGGUAUAUUAUCUGCAAAGUGGUCCUCUGAUGUUAAGGAUGUGCGUUGCAACCUUGAUCCUAUGUUUAUUGCCAAUUAUGUGAGGAGAACUAAUGAGCUGAAGUCUGGUAUAGACAUCCCUGAGGAAAUUAUCAAGGAUUUUGAGCUUUUCUGGGCAGAAAACAGAGCUACUCCACUAGGAGGAAGAAAUAAAAUCUUGAAAGGCAUUUGUCCUCAGAUUUGUGGGUUAUUCACGGUAAAGCUUGCAGUUGCUCUUACAUUGAUCGGUGGAGUGCAGCAUGUUGAUGCUUCUGGAACAAAGGUUCGUGGUGAACCCCAUAUGCUUCUCGUUGGUGAUCCAGGUACUGGUAAAUCCCAGUUUUUGAAGUUUGCUGCUAAAUUGAGCAAUCGUUCUGUGAUUACAACUGGUCUUGGAAGUACCAGUGCUGGUUUGACUGUGACUGCUGUCAAGGAUGGAGGUGAGUGGAUGCUUGAGGCUGGUGCCCUUGUUCUGGCCGAUGGUGGUUUGUGCUGCAUAGAUGAAUUUGAUAGUAUGCGAGAGCAUGACAGGACAACAAUACAUGAAGCCAUGGAACAACAAACAAUAAGCGUUGCAAAGGCUGGACUGGUGACAACACUCAGUACAAGGACUACCGUCUUUGGUGCCACUAAUCCAAAAGGACAAUAUGAUUCAAAUGAAUCCUUAUCCGUGAAUACAACACUUUCAGGACCACUGUUGAGUAGAUUUGAUAUAGUUCUUGUUCUCUUGGAUAUAAAGGACCCUAAGUUGGAUGGUAUAAUUUCAUCUCAUAUAUUAGCUCAGAGCACUAAAGCAGAGGAAAACAAGACCAAUGACGCUGUCGUAAAAAGCACCCAACCUUUGGGUAUAAAAGAGUGGACACUCCCCUGUUUGAGAAGAUAUAUCCACUAUGUAAAACAGCGGUUUAAUCCGGUGCUGACAAAGGAAGCAGAACGCGUUCUCUCAGGCUAUUAUCAGCUUCAGCGGAGUGAUGGAACACAUAAUGCAGCGAGGACCACUGUGCGUAUGCUCGAGAGUUUGAUAAGGCUGGCACAAGCACACGCAAGACUAAUGUUCAGAAAUGAGGUUACACAGCUUGAUGCUAUUGCUGCCAUAUUAUGCAUCGAGUCCUCCAUGACAAUAUCUGCAAUCAUAGACAGUUCUGGAAACGCUCUAUACUCCAAUUUCCAAGAGAACCCUGAUCAGGAAUGUAUCCUAAAAUAUGAUUUAGAGCCAUAUUUAUUCAUGAUUAUUGAAGAUUUGACCAAUGAAAACUUGAAUGGGCGUUGCUCAGUGUUCUUUCUUUUGUUUUGCUGUUCUGGCCUAUUAUCUUGGGUACGGCCUUUAGGGCAAACUGGGAUAUACUUUUCCAUUAAAUGUUAAUUCGAAGUUAAAGAGUCAAUAUUUUUGUGUUA